GUGCCAUCCACGCAUGCGCAGUUAGCGCAACCAAAGGCACACGAAAUGGCGUCUGCUGCAGAUUACAACAGUUUCGGACAGGCUGGAAGCCAACAGGGGUACAGCUCCUAUGCGGCCCAGCCUUCUCAACAGGGUUAUGCACAGGGCACUCAGCAGUCGUAUGGUCAACAGCAAGGUUACGGUUCAUACAGCCAACCGGCUGACUCGACCUACUCCCAGACCAGCAGCUCCUCGAGCAGUUAUGGCCAGCAGGCAUAUGGAUCAUCCUAUGGACAGCAACCACCAGCCAGUGGUGGUUAUAAUGCCACUCCGGCCGCUCCGCAGGGCUACAGUCAGCCUGUGCAGGGAUAUGGAGGCAGCAGCUACGAUUCCACCACAGCUGCUGCCUCAUCGACCAGCAAUAGCCAGACCUCUUAUGCUGGGCAGGCCAGUUACAGUGCCCAGUCUGCAUAUCCUGGAUAUGGACAACAGCCUGCUUCUGCUACGCCCCCCAGCAGCUACAGUUCUGGCAGCCAGCAGCCCUCUGGAUAUGAGCAGAGCUCGUAUUCCCAGCAGCCUCAGCAAACCUCUUAUUCUCAGCAGCAGCAGGGAGGAUACCAGGGCCAACAAGGAAGCUACGGACAGCAGAGCUCCUACAGCCAGCAGGGAGGAUAUCAACAAACUCCUUCCCAGCAGCAACAGGCUCCGCCUACCAGCUACACCCCACCUUCUGCGUCUUAUGGACAACCCCCUGCUAGCCAAUACGGACAGCAGGGCAGUACUGGAGGAGGCUAUGGCCAGUCAGACUAUAAACCACCCAACCAGUAUGGUAAUUACAGACAGGACCAUCAAAACGGCAUGGGCAGAGGUGGUUACUCGGGCCCUGAAUCUGGAGGAUAUGGGGGCCCUGGAGAGGGCCGAGGCAUGGGAGGGGGGGAGAACCGCGGGCGUGGCCGGGGUGGGUUUGACCGGGGGAUGAUGCGAGGAGGUGGUGGCCUGCGAGGGGGCAUGAGCCGUGGAGGCAUGGGCAUCGCUGGAGACAGAGGUGGCUUCAUUAAGCCUGGUGAUGGUGACAAGGGACGUCCAGAGGAGCAGGAUGACUCUGAAAACAGCACUAUCUACAUCACUGGGCUGACUGAGAACGCUACAUUGGAAGAAGUUGCUGACUUUUUCAAGCACAGUGGAAUCAUUAGGAUAAACAAACGGACGGGCCUGGCUGCUGUCAACAUAUAUACAGAUAAAGAGACUGGGAAACCUAAAGGUGAUGCCACCUUAUCCUACGAAGAGCCUCCAUCUGCAAAGGCAGCAGUCGAGUGGUUUGAUGGAAAAGAUUUCCAGGGGAAGAAGCUGAAGGUUUCCAUGGCCCGGCGCAAGCCCAUGAUGGGAAUGAUGCGUGGGGGCAUGCCAAUGAGAGGAGACCGAGGUGGCAUGAUGGGACGAGGAGGAAUGAUGGGUCGUGGUGGGAUGGGCAGAGGUGGUGAUCGAGGAGGAUUCAUGCCACGUGGGGGUCCCAGGGGAAUGGGCCGCGGAGGACCUACAGGAGGAAACAUGCAACAGAGGGCAGGAGAUUGGCAGUGUCCAAAUGCGGGAUGUGGAAACCAAAACUUCGCCUGGAGAAUGGAGUGUAACCAGUGCAAGGCACCCAAACCUGAAGGCUUUGGACCUCCUCCCUUCCCUCCUCCAGGUGGUGACCGUGGUCGUGGUGGACCAGGUGGGAUGCGUGGCGGCCGUGGAAUGGACCGUGGAGGGCCCGGUGGAUUCCGUGGAGGCAGAGGUGUGGAUCGUGGAGGAUUCAGAGGAGGGCGUGGCAUGGACAGAGGCGGUUUUGGAGGAAGGGGUCGUGGUGGGCCUCCUAUGGAUGACAUGGGAAGAAGGGGGCGAGGAAUGGGACCGCCUGGCAAAAUGGAUAUGAAGGGAGACCAUCGUCAGGAACGGCGAGAAAGACCAUAUUGAGGGAUGCCUCGCUUAUCAACAUCUCCCCACACCUGUUUGUUUUUCACUUGAUUUUAAAGUUGCAAUUCCAUAUUUAUAAAUGGUUAGUAUGGAACUCGUUACUGCUUUGCCGUUAGUCCUCAGUGAAUGUUUUAUUUUAUUUUUUACUUUUGUGUUUUGUGCUUGCUUUUCUGGUCCAGAAAUGUAAUCGAAACCAGAUGCACAUGUAAAUACAGGGUGUUCAGUGUGUCAUUUGGAUUAGUCAGAAAUAUAUUUGUGGAACAAUGUGAUAUUUUUUUUUUUUAAAUUCCCAUUACCCCUCAUUUGCUUUACUCUGCUUUCGUGUCUGGAAAUGUUGAAUAAUUAAAAAAAAACAUUUUGUGGGUGUUUUAAAUGCAUGGCUGUAAAUACUUAUGCCAUGUACUUGUUUUCUGCAUUUACUGUCAUUACUUCACCUAAAUAGUGUAGCAUCUUCAGUGUGACUGAGUAAUGUAAAUAGCUGAUGCUAUUCAGCCCGUUAUGCCAUUUCAAACAGUGUUAAAAGAAUUCACCUAAAAAAAUAAAAUUCUGGAAAA